UGACUUAUUGUAUUCGAACACAAAGCACGAGUACCUGCCGUGUGUAAUUAACCUGUGAACAUUGGCGUUGAAACACAAGAUCAACAUUUCAUUUUGGAAGGAAUUAUUGGAUUAUAUGUGUAUUUCUUCAUCAGGUAACGAAACAUAUUAAGCAGGCAGGAAUGAUCACCCGUGACAGGUAAUAGGUCGUCUGGUGACACCAUUCAGUGACGAUCACAUCAUGGCGUCGGUGUAAACUUCCGAUCAAACUUGUUGAACCCGAUUACAACUGUUGUAUAUUCGGAUUAGUUGAUACGAUUCACAGUGAAAUAGUCCAGUAAGCACUAGCAGAGCCAACUGUCUGUUGCUCAUAUAUUGGCUGCUUUCUAUCGAGUGUCUUGAAGCCAGAGAGCCCGGUUGCAUUGGACAGGAUCGCGUUGCAUAUCUCGUCUGUCCUCGGCUAAUCAAAUCAACAGUGUUGAAUCGAGCUUGUGUCGUUGAAAUCCCAAACAAACGGGGGAUGAUGUAAAUUGGGAAGAUGAAGACAGAAGGAUGGAGUUAUACACUAAACAACGGAUACACAUGGAAGAAGUCACACUUACUGUUUGUGAAACUGGCUUUUACUGUGUUGGCCAUUUUCACUUCAACAACUCUUUCACAAGAGGAAUACCCGCCCCAGCAGAUCACAGAACAGCCAGCCUCCGGUGACCCAAAGCCUGAGAAUGUGAUCAAACGGCUGACCUGCCAGGCCUCAAGCUACCCGACCCCAGUCUACAGCUGGCUGAAGGAUGGCACCUUCUUGCUCCGAAACACGUCACAGAAUGUCUAUGAGAUACCCAACCUACAGCGCAGUGAUGCCGGAGAAUACCGAUGUCUGGCUGGAAACAAGUUGGGAGCCUUCCUCAGUCAACCAGCCCAUGUUGUGGUGGCUUACAUGGAAAUGUUCCAAUCGGGAGACACCCAGACAAUAGAAGUCCAAGAGGGUCGGGCCGUUAUCCUGAACCUGCCCCCUCUCGACAGUGUGCCCGACCCAGACAUCGACUGGAAGCAGAACAACUCCACCCUGUCUGCUGAGUCCAUCUAUCAUCAUGUGACUCUACAGAAGAACCUGGCCUUGUUGUCCAACUCCAUAUCUGAUUCAGGAAGACAGUUCCAAGCACGGGCUGUCAAUGGCUUCAGUGGUGCUGGCGGUCAAAGCCAGAGCCAUAUAUUUGUGAUCACUGUUGUUGAACAUGGCAACCGAUCAGCUCACCUUCUCCCAGAAAUGAUAUCUCCGCCAGUGGAUGCUGUGGCUAAUGAAGGGGACUCCGAUGUCAAAGUGGAGUGUGUCAUCAAUGCUCGACCUAUCAACUAUCUGAGUAUCAGCUGGUUUAAGGUGACAGAUGACUCCAGGACUGAGAUAGUACGUGAAGGGAGGUACCUGCUCAGUCCAUUCAAGCGAGUUUUGACUAUAAAGUCACCCAUGAAUACUGACACUGGAGUGUAUGAGUGCGAGGGCAAACUGUCCAUUCCUGGUGGUCCUCAGUAUCCCAGUGUUACCAAGAGGGUGAACGUCACCAUCAGAGAGCGUCCCCUCAUCACCCCGCCACUGCCAACAACACUGGACAAGGACUUCAGUGAGACGGUGGAGCUGGUCUGUGAGGCUGUGGGACAACCUGCUCCCAGUUUCACAUGGUACUACAAUGGCAGACAGAUCAAACUACUUGGCAAUCCAAGAUACAGUGACUUUGGCAAUGGAACUCUGGUAAUUGAAAGAAUCGACCUACCAGACAGUGGAGUAUUUCAGUGUAUAGCAAGGAAUGGAGCAGGGGAGGUAUCGGCAUCAACAUGGCUUAAAGUAAACAGUUCUCCGCCAAGGUUUGUGACCUCUCCGCAGGAUCUGACUGUAGUGGAAACCAAUGAAGCCCGGUUCCCAUGUGGGGUGACUGGAGCUCCCCAACCUGUCAUCACUUGGAAGAAAGUGACAUCGAGUGGUGAAGAGACAAUCUCGAGUGGUGGUCGCUUCCAGAUCCUGGACAGUGGCUUGCUCAUAGCUACGACCAGGAAAUCAGACUCUGGUGUCUACCGAUGUAUUGCCACCAACAUCCGUGGUAAUGCCUCUGAAGAGGCCACCUUGCAAGUCAUCAUCAAGACACAGAUAGUGCGGCCACCACAGAAUAUUACUGCCAUCUUGAGUACCAGCGCCACCUUGGAGUGUGGUGUCACCCGAGAUGAGAACGUCCAGGUCACAUGGAAAUGGUUCUUCUACAAGAAGCCGGAUUAUGUGGAACAGCCAAUCAGCAACGGAGGUCGGCAUCUCAUCACACCACAGGGCAGUCUCAUCAUCAGUGGAGUUGCUGGACAGGACAUUGGUCGCUACAAGUGUCAGGUCAUCUCUCCAGGGGGCAAUGACAGCAGGGUAGCAACACUCAUGGUGGUUGAACUUCCCCGUCGCCCAGUAGUUGUCUCUGUUGCGUUGCAUGCGACCAAACCAAACACCGUCACCAUCCAAUGGCGACCAGCGUUUGAUGGUAACAGCCCCAUACAGCGGUAUAUCAUCAGCUACAGAGAUGAAGUCCAACCUGGUAGCAAUGAGAAUUCCAGAUGGGUGGUGUACCCAGUCAACAUCCCUCCUGACAGAACGAGUCAAGACGUAUCAGGUCUUCAGGCUGCCAGAUACUACAAGUUCAGGAUCAGUGCAGUCAACAGUGUUGGGGAGGGCAACUCCAGUCAGCCCAAACCGGAUCAAGCUCUACAGAUGCCACCACAACCACCAAGUUCUCCACCUAAAAACUUCUACUGCUCCCCACGUCCAGGCAGAGCCAUAUUAGUCCAGUGGCAGCCUCCAGAUGAUAGUACAUGGAAUGGCGACCUCCUUGGUUACACCAUCAGUUACAAGAUUGCCAACUACCCCGACACUGCACUCCAGUUCCGUAAUAAGACUGGACAAAGCAGCACGCAGUACCUCUUGGAUAACUUGGUAUACUACAGUCAAUAUGAGGUGAAGAUAGCUGCUUUCAACAUCAAAGGCACAGGCAACUACAGCAAUGCAUUCCUGGUCUGGACAGUAGAAGGCCAGCCUACAGCUCCACCAACAAAUGUAACUUUGACUUCCCCCAACUCUACCACACUCCGAGUCACCUGGCUACCACCAGAUCCUUCCCAGAUAAAUGGAGUCAAUCUGGGCUAUACUAUUGUGCUGAGACAAAAAAACCAUACACAGACAGAGCAGGGAGUGUUUGUUCCAUCUGACCCAAAUAACCUGUACGAUACUCAGGAAAAGCUGAUCCUGAAUCUGAGGAAGUACACAGAGUAUGUGGCAACUAUCGUUUGCAGGACAACAGCCGGGCCUGGGCCCGCAAGUCCUUCAAAAACGACAAGAACACAGGAGGAUGUUCCUGGAGAAGUUGGUGACCUGAGAUUCGAUAACAUUCAAGACACCACAUUACGUGUGUCAUGGACAGUGCCAGGGGAGGUGAAUGGAGUCCUUCAAGGAUAUAAAUUGUGGUAUGAGAAGAAGAACCAGACAUCCACUCGAAUUGAAAUAGAUCUGAUAUCCAGCCUGACGUCGUACACCAUCCAGCGCCUCAUGCCGACAACCACAUACCACAUCUCGGUUGCUGCCUUGACUAGGAAGGGGAUGGGACCACUUUCCUCAGCAGACAUCGAUUCUGGUGUACCUCCAGAGCUGCCGACGGCCCCAUAUAACCUGGGGAUCACCAACAUGCAGGCCCGGUCAGUGUUGCUGCAGUAUCUGCCUGGCUCCAACGGCAAGACCUCUAUAACCCUGUGGAUUGUGGAAGCUCGUGUAGGAACCAACACUACAUGGACGGUGAUUUACACACGGAAUGAUCCAGAUGCUCGUGAGAUUCUGGUGCAGAACUUGCGCCCUUACACGCAGUAUAGACUGCGGUUGAUCGCAGAGAAUAUAGUUGGCAGGAGCAAUGCCAGCUUACCCUCAAGGAUGUUCGAGACGAUGCAGGAUGCUCCUGGUGGUCCUCCUGGGAAUGUCACAGUCAGGGCCUUGAAUUCUACAGCCUUCAGGAUCAGCUGGAUUCCUCUUCCUAGCAAGGACUGGAAUGGAGAGCCCCAGGGCUACAAGUUGUACUAUAGGAUGAAAGCCAUUGACCCAACAGCCGACUUUGUGGUGCUGCCGCUGGAGAAUGGCAUGAACAUGGAGAGCUUUAUCCUGGGUCACCUGGAGGAGUGGGUGGAGUAUGAAGUCAAAAUGACCUCUUACAACGACGUUGGAGUCAGCAGCUAUAGUCCUGUGACCAGAGAGAGGACGAGAGAGUCAGUUCCGAGUGCUAGUCCGAGCAGUGUGAAAGCCGUAGCCAAGUCUUCCACCAGCAUCAACAUCACCUGGGGACCGGUGCCCCUGCUACAGCAGAACGGCAUGAUACUGGGAUAUAAGAUCAAGUACUCUGCUCCAACAGAAGGGAUAGAUGCCAAGUUUGAGGUGGUGGACCAUAAUGAAACCACACACUUUCUCCUCAGAAACCUGCGCAAGUUUGUUCUCUACCAAAUUCAGGUAUUAGCUUACACAAGGAUGGGCGAUGGUGUGCUCAGCAAUGUGGAAACUGACAAGACCCAUGAAGAUAUUCCUGGUCCCCCUAUCAUCAUCUACUUCCCUGAUGUCACCUACUCCUCAGCUAAGAUUGUAUGGAGCCCACCCUCCGAGCCUAACGGCAUCAUCACCCGUUACAAGAUAGCCUACUUCAUCCAAGGGUCAAGUAACAUGUCCACAAUCGAACUACCAUCAGGGGUUCUGAUGAAUACUGUGUUUGGCCUUGCCAGAGAAACAUACUACGUCUUCAGUGUAACAGCCAUGACAAGACUUGGAUGGGGAGAGACGGCCAAUGUCACAGUCUACACUAUGAAUGACAGGAGUCGACCUGACAGACCCUCCAAGCCAACAAUUGUUGGCUCUGAUGUGACAGCUCGGGAGGUGACUAUCAGCUGGAGACCUGGCAAUGACAACUACGGCCCACUUCGCAACUACACCAUCCAGUAUCAGCCCUGCAGUGGGGACUGGACAACCUUUCCUGAUGUUGUACACCCUGAAACCACCUCCCAUAUUGUUUCCAGAUUACGUCCCAACACCUGUUACAAGUUCCGUGUGUCGGCCACCAAUGAUGUUGGUACCAGUGACUACAGCAAUGCAUCUGCUCAAGUCCAUACUCUCUCUGCCAAACCUGAAGGAGCACCAAGGAACUUGAAGGUGCUAGCAGUGACCACAACCUCGAUCAAUGCAACUUGGGAGCAACCUGAACGGAACACGUGGAACGGCCAGAUUGUAGGCUAUAAUAUCCAGUACCGCCAGCUCCAACUCCCAGACUAUCAGGAGGAGUCAGUACCGUUUGAACAAAAUAGUAUACUUCUCCAGAAUCUCAUAGUGUCGAUGCACUACGAAGUGCGAGUCCUGGCCUUCAACGGGAUAGGUCAGGGCCCACCUAGUACCCCCGCGACAAUAUACGUUGGAGAAGCUGCACCAACAGCACCACCCUCUAAUGGACGAGUCACUGCCCAGAGCUCUUCAGUGCUUGUUGUGUCUUGGAACGCUCCACCUCCCAACACACAAAAUGGAGGUCUCUCCGGUUAUAAGGUGCUGUACUGGCUGAAUGGGACUCUGCCGUCUGCUGCGCAGCAGAUCAUUGUGGUUGAGCGCACGGCCUCGCUGACCAAUCUGGAGACAUUCUCCACCUACUACAUGACAGUACAGGCCUACAACCUGGCCGGCGAGGGGCCCAAGACUGCGGUAUUUAGUGGGAGGACACUGGAAGGAAUCCCAGGUCAGCCUGGCCCCCUUAGGUUUACCAACAUCACCCUGACAAAGAUGACAGUGAAGUGGUCUGCACCAGCCCGCCCCAAUGGUGUCAUCCUCAACUACGAACUGGUGUACUUCCUACAGAAAGCAGAUGGAGAGACAAAGCUGGUGAAAUUGACCCUGGAUGGCAGUCAGCACCACAUCACCAUAGACAGCCUGGAUGAGAACAGCAGCUACACCUUCCAAGUCAGCGCCAAGACUGCCAAGGGCCCUGGCAGCAAAACCAAUGGCACUGUCACCACCGGACCUCAGCCAGGCUCCCCUGCAUCCCCAAGUGCCCCCACUUUGGAGGAAAAGGAAAAAUCAGUCAUCCUUACAUGGGUUAAUGGGGCUGAAGGCAACACGCCCAUAUAUGGCUACAUGAUUCAGGCCAAAGCAGAAGGUAAUGAGAAGUACCGUACAAUCAUGCAGAAGAACUCCAGAGAGCCUACAGCCCUAGUAAGCUUCCAGAACCUCACCCCCAACACAGAGUACACAUUCCGUGUCAUCGCAAUCAACUCCAAUGGAAUCAGUUCCCCAAGUGCACCCUCUGCCCUAAGGCGUACCCCUGGUCCAGCUCAGAGUUCUGUAGCAGCAGUAGGCAAACCCUUCCACUCCGAGUGGUGGUUCUUGGUCAUCAUUGCCCUCACCGGAGUCAUCGUCAUCCUUAUCAUCAUCUCCUUGCUUUGCCUCAUCGGACGAAGGAAGAACACUAAAGAGAAGAUGAAGCGCUCUGCCACCUCAACCACUGUGAUGUCAGAACCAGCAGAGCCGGAAGAUGGAGGCUUCCCCUCCAUGGAACUGGCUCAGUCAAGGCGCAGCAUGCACCUCAGAAAUGGCUCUGCAAAGAAUAUCUAUGCAAGAUCGCCUCCACGCCCUAGCCCUGCCAGUGUGACGUACUCUGAUGAUGAUGCUGUUGCUAAGGCCCCUCUUCCUGAUGAUGAUUGCAGCAGCAUCACAGAAAAGCCAUCAGACUUUGAGGAUUCUGAUGAACCAUCGGAUGAUGAUAGUGAGUUUGAUGACAGUGAGAAGAGUCCAUCUUCUCCUCCUCCUCCACCGUUUGGUGGUGCCCAUUACAUCAACAGUGAUGUGCGGCAGUCCUGGAAAUACCCUACCAAUUCCAAUGCAUAUGCAUAUACUGACAGUGAAGCAGAGAGCAGCCAUUAUGGCAUCAGUUUACAAGGUGGACAUGUUCUCAGAGACCGGGACCUAGUCAGCAACCGGGCUGGGUCUCGUGCCCCUGUCUCAGGAUUCUCCUCAUUUGUAUGAUGAAAGCAUAUCUAAUCGAACACUUGUGUACAUAUGUAGAUGUGUGCUUCACAAAGCCAAAUGAUCAAAGCCAGUCCUAAAUAAUGUGUUGAUCAGCCAUGCUACUGAGAAGGUGUCGGUAGUGUCUGCCUGAGCCUGUGUUUGUGCUAUGGCUAUGUCAAGUACACACUUCAAUGGAUUGAUGAAGAUUUCAGUCAUGUGUGAUUGUGUCACAAGAUAGCUGGGAGUUUGUUGUAGAUGUUCAGGGGAACAGUGAACAAGAAGUCAUUAGAAUUGAUUCUCUAGGAAUUGAAUCCUUCAAGCAAAUGGCAAAAAAUGAUCAAAAGUGAAUGAGUUUUUAUUUAUGUAUGAGACCACUGUGCUCUUGAUGAAGACAGAAACAUACAGGAGGACUGAACACCUGUAAACCUUGUCAAGAGAUUCUGAGACAUCACAAAUGACUCUUAGAGGAUGCAUGGGUGAGAUCUCAGAAGAUACAUGGACACUGUUUUGAGGAAGAUGUGUGGAAGAUACCUGAGAAAAAACAUGAACACUAUGAAGAAGGAUAUGAAUAGACCAUGUCUUAGAUAACAGACCAAAUUACAAAAUUAAAAAAGAAAUUCCAAAUAUUAUCUCAGACCCUGGUGUAGAGACGAAAUCUGACACAGUGGCCAUCACAAUCCCAGUGCAUUUGUUUGAGUAUAUGUCACGUGCCAUGUGGAUACUAACUCUCACAAGUGUAUGCAAAUCCAUACAAGAUAAUGAACCAUCUGUGCCUCCUGUAAAUAUCUAGCCAUCUUUGUGUAUACCCAUUCAGAGGACAUCAUCAUUCCGACCAAUUCAUGUUGCAAAAGUAGGACCAAGGAAGUUGCCAGGAAACAGUUUCUGGGAGAUGUGUUGCUAGGAUACAGCUGAGGAUGUGUGUGUCCUGAACAGUCAUACAUACAUGUUUCCAGUACACUGACUACAUGACAUCUCAUACACAUUUGUAAAUAACCAUUGAGUCACUCAUCAAGGUUGUGAUUUUAGUUUUUCGUAUCAUUGUUAUUUUUACUUAUACAUAUUGCACAUAGAACAGUGGUUGCCAUGGGUUUAUAGGCAAUGGCAGUUUGAUUCAGAUAACUAAUUUUAGAAUACCAAUGUUGAACAUUUUAGAUCUCACAACAAUCAUAAGAUUUGUAUCAAGUCAACCUGUGAUACUAUGAGAGAAAGAAGCAAAUGUCUCAGUGCAGUUGGAGGGGAGGUUAUUCUUGGGUAUCCCAUAUUGUGAAUUUUAAAUAUCAGAAUAUUCUCCCCAAAGAUGAGCUUUAUGUUUGUCCUAUAUUUGUACUAAAUGAUUUAUAAAGUUGUUUUACAUGUCUGCAAGAUGAAAUUAAUCUGUAAUCAUUAUGAGAGUUAAUUUUAAUGGAAUGAUCCAAGGUUAGUUAGGGAUACCCAGAAAUGACCAUGCUGUAGCAAGUUUUCUUUGAGUUGUCUCCCUUUGACCUACAUGAUAUCAGGGUCCAAUUCUUGUAAGAUAAAACCAUUAUGGUGUUUUGCUCAAAUGUAACCACAGAUACACCUAUAGUGUUAAAUGUUUGUUGAGAAGAGUUAUGGUAUUGCAAUAACUCUUAUCAUGUUCCCUGAUUGUUCUUGAUUUGUAGUUCACAGGGGUUGUUGGUUUGUUUCCCAAUGUGAAAUGGUUGUUGUUACCUCAAUGAGAUUAAAUAUUCAUUGGAAAAUGUUUUCCUAAACACCUGGAUAGUGACUUAUUGCCAGAAGCCUGUGAUUGAGGGUUUGAAUCAUAGGGCUCUGAUUAUUUCUAGGUUUGUCAGAAUCAUACAUAAGCUUGUGGGUUUCUCUAAAGUGGUAAAUGUCUAAGACAUGCAUCACUUAAGGUGUUCCUCCACAAUCAAUCUGACACACCGUGAUAUAACAAUAAAUGGUAUUAAACCUGUAUAAUUAGGAAACUUCUAAGUAAUGAUAUAGAGAACUGUUUAUCAUCCAAACUGUGUUCCACAGGAGAUAUUGAUUGUGUGAGAUCAAACGAUAUCUCCUAGGAGAUAUCGUUUUGACAGUAGAUUUUGUACAAUGCCCUGACAAUGCUAUGAUGUCAUGAACUUGAUGACAUCACAAUGCUAUGACAUCGCUGCACUGCAAGUCUAAUGGUAGUACAGUCUUCAGAGAUUUACAUUUUUCAUUGAAAACUAGUGAAGAAUGAUUUUUGAUGAUAAAAAGAAUCUCACCCUCGUGUCUUCUGAUGUUAACCACCAUUUACAGUUAGUUCUACUAAACAAAUGACACAAAUGUUGAAAGAAAUCAUAUACUAUCAUGUUAUUAUUUCAACAAUUAACACCUCUACAAAAUGAGCCAAUAAGUUGAAAAGUAAUCAUUUUACCAAUUAUAUAUUAAGAAUUCUUUUAAGUGAUUAUCUUCAGUCAAUCAGUGCACCAUGCAAUAAAUACAGGCCUUAGUUUUAUGUGAUGCCAAAUGUCUUUGACACUGAAGAAUGAUCUUCAAUAUUGACAGGUUGCUAAAUGUUAUCAUUUUUAGGAUGAUGUUUAUUCGAAAUACAGGAAUAAAUAAUUUCAAACAAUUGCCAACCCAAACUAUUAUGUAUACAUUUUAAUUCACCACAUUGCUACAGGAUAGUUUAAGUGAGGAUAAUGUUUCUCCUUCUCACUGUUCAUAUCCAUCCAAUCACUAUCACCAAUCACCAAUCACCUGUAUGUAAUAGCAAUUAUGACAAUUUUUGUCUUCAUUCAAAAAUUGUACAUGAACUAAAUACAUUUGCUGUUCAAAAUAUUGUUAGUUAAAUUAUUUAGAUUCUUAAUUCCUCUGUCUUUUUACCUCUUUCUCAUGACUUUGUUUUAUUUGUGAUAAUGUAUGUUGUGUCAUUGAUUCAUUGACAGAGACAUGAUAGAAACAGUAAUAUUUUUAUGCUCCAAGCAAUAUUUUUACAAUAAAUGAACCCUGUACAUAAGACAGUAGUUAUGGAUGGUUAGAUUGUGUGAUGUGACUGACGUGAUAACAGUUAUCAUGUGAGUUGCUGUGUGAUUGCACAGUGGUUAGGGUGCUUGUCAAAUACAAUGAUCAGGUUUCAUUCCUGGUGUCAGAUGCAAACUUGACGAAAAUGAUGAAAUGAAUAGACUUGUAUCAAUUGAAGUCAGUCAUGAAAUAUGAACUUCUUGAGUGAAUGACAUGCUCAACUGAGCAUGUUUUAGAUAUAUUUAUCUGGAGCUGUGUUUUCUAUUACUCUUCUUUCUAUUAGAAUUUCGUCAUUGAUAUCUUUCUCAAAUGUAAAUGUACCUUCAAUGAUCCUUACCAUUAUAUUGUCUUUUUCUCCUUCACAUACAGAUGCUUGUUAACAGUCUGGUAAUGGUUACCGAUGUGUUACAGAACUAAAUAUGGCAGAUAUGUUGUACAUGUAUAACAUAUCACUAAGUUCAUUAUUUCUUGUUUCUGUAUAGCUGAAACAAUUCUGAUGCAGCAUUACCUUUAACUGACUCAGCAUUUCCAAGAUACGGUUGUGCACAAGGAACUGUUCAUUUACCAUUAAUACUGUACAUUUUUAAGUUUUGGAAACACUUUUUAUAUUUGGACCAUACCUUAAAAAAAGUUAAUGAAUAUGUUUUAUCUUCUUAAUUGUUAGUCAUUUGUAAUUAAGAAAGAACUGGAGACCUGUUCUUUAUGCCUAUUCUAGCACAUACUUAUGUUUGUAUCAGUAUGGCUACAUGUCAUUUUUCUUAUCCAAUAUAUUUCUUAAACAGAUUUUACGUUUAUGAUAUUUUCUAAACAUGCACACCUUACUUAAACAAUAGACCAUAAUGCAUGAUAUAAAUCAACGAGACAAUGUAUUUUUAGAUACAACUUUCUCAUACCAUAAAAAGCAAUGCAGUAAAAUGUAUUUUAAAAUGGCAAAGAUACAUAACCAUUUCUGUAUUGUUAUAGUGAAUAUAUCAUCAUGAAUAUGUCAUUAGCAAGGUAAUUCCAUGUUCCUAAUUAGUGCAAUAUGAUGAUCAUCUGUCCUAUCCAGUCUUUGUCAAUAAAGUAUCAAAUAUGAUUCCAUAAAACAAAUCAGCAUUCCAUUCCCAGGACAAAGCUUCCUUUGAAAUACAACAGCCUAGGAGUAUUAAUAUGAAGUAGUCAGAAUACAGUAUGGACUGGAGACAGAUAUAUUUUCAUAGAUAAUUACCUUUUUUUUGUCUAGAAUAACCCAUAGUAGUGUUUUGUUUGCAGUAUCUUUUGUAUGUAAUAUUGAAAACUGGUGGUUGUGAAAAAUGUGCUUGAGAGAAUGGAACAAUGCAUGAGCUGUUUUUCAUAUAAAUAAAUAAAAGAUCAAUACAU